UGUAGUAAGUAAUAUGAGCUAACCCGUUAGCUGGCUGGUUCUUUCCAACCAAAAACAACAUUCACGCUUGAGGACUGGAUCAGCUCAAAUCAUCUUUGGCGUGUGGGAUAACCGAUAAGCACCAUGCUGGUCCCCAUAUUCACUCUCAAGCUCAACCACAAGAUAAAUCCUCGCAUGGUUACUGUUGGGAAGUUUGAUGGAGUACACCCAUGCCUUACUGCAGCCACACAAGCUGGAAAGGUUUUCAUCCAUAACCCUCAUGGCCGAGGCCAGAUGCCGGUGGCUCAUCGACUGAGCCAGAGUUCCCAGGAUUCUGACAUCUCCCUGCUCAACAUCAACCAAGCAGUCACGUGUUUGACUGCAGGAAAACUGGGACCAAACACCACGGGGGACACACUGUUAGUGGGAUCCCAAACCAACCUGUUGGCCUAUGACGUUCAUGACAACACAGAUAUAUUUUACAGAGAGGUGACAGAUGGAGCCAAUGCCAUAGUGUUGGGAAAACUGGGGAACAUCCCCUCUCCUCUCGCCAUUAUUGGAGGAAAUUGUGCCUUACAAGGUUUUGACUACGAGGGCAAUGACCACUUCUGGACAGUAACAGGAGACAACGUGAGGUCUCUGGUGCUGUGCGACCUCACUGGGGAUGGAAAAAACGAGCUCCUGGUUGGAUCUGAGGACUUUGACAUCAGGGUAUUCAAAGAGGACGAGCUUGUGUCCGAGAUGACUGAAAAUGAGACUGUGACGUCGCUGUGCCACAUGCACGGCAGCAGGUUUGGUUAUGCCCUGGCUAACGGCACUGUGGGAGUCUAUGACCGCACCGCACGCUACUGGAGAAUCAAGUCUAAGAACCAUGCCAUGAGCAUCCAUGCUUUUGACUUGAAUGCCGAUGGAGUUGUGGAGCUCAUCACAGGCUGGUCCAGUGGAAAGAUCGAUGCUCGUAGUGACCGCACAGGUGACGUCAUUUUCAAAGACAACUUCUCCUCGUCCGUGGCCGGAGUGGUGGAGGGAGACUACAGACUGGACGGGCAGAAGCAGCUCAUCUGCGCCUCUGUGGAGGGAGAGGUUCGUGGUUACCUGCCAGCCAGCAAGGACCUGAAAGGGAAUCUCAUGGACUCCAGUGUUGAACAGGACCAAGUUCGAGAGCUCAGCCAGCGCAGACAGAAUCUGCUGCUUGAACUCCGCAACUAUGAAGAGAACGCUAAGGGCGUGUCGGACACUAACAGUGGGGUGGGCGUUAUACCGGCCAACACUCAGCUCCAGACGGCACUGUCAGUGAGACCUGCCACAGAAAGCCAGAAGGCUCAUGUGGAGCUCAGCAUUUCCACCCCAAAUGAAACCAUCAUCCGAGCCGUGCUUAUCUUUGCUGAGGGAAUCUUUGAGGGCGAGAGCCACGUUGUUCACCCCAGUGCCCAGAAUCUGUCGGGCUGCAUCAGAGUCCCUAUUGUUCCUCCAAAAGACAUACCAGUGGACCUGCACAUCAAAGCUUUUGUCGGAGGGAAGACGAGCACUCAGUUCCACGUGUUUGAAAUCACACGUCAGCUGCCUCGUUUCUCCAUGUACGAGAUCACGACGGACCCCUCGGAUGCACUGCCCACUGGGAGGGUCACCUUCAGCAUCAACGACAGGCCGCAAAGGGUGGUGAUGUGGCUGAAUCAAAACUUUCUGCUUCCAGAGGAAGUCAAAAGCCCCGAUGUUACUUUUAAUUCACUGAGGGGAGGAGGGCUGUUGUCCUUCAACAUGUCCAGCAAUGGGCAGAUCACCCUGAAGACUGACGACAUCGACCUAGCAGGAGAUCUGGUCCAAUCACUGGCCUCCUUCCUGGGAAUCGAGGAUCUGUCAGCAGAAGCAGACUUUCCCUCGUACUUCGAGGAGCUACGCACUACACUCACUAAGGUGGACGAGUUCCACUCUGUCCAUCAGAAACUGACUGCAGCUAUGGCUGACCACUCCAACUACAUCAGGAACCUGCUGGUUCAAGCAGAAGACGCUCGACUUAUGGCCGACAUGUUAACUAUGAAGAAGCGAUACAGAGAGCUGUAUGAUCUGAACCGGGAUCUCAUCAACGAGUACAAGAUCCGCUCUAACAACUACAACGCCCUUCAGGCCUGUCUCAAGUUCGUCAACCAAGGCAUACAGCGGGCGGGUCGACUCCGAGUGGGAAAACCAAACAACCAAGUGAUCUCGGCCUGCCGAGAUGCCAUCAAGAGCAAUAACGUCAACGCGCUGUUCAGGAUCAUGAGGGCGGGAGCCGCGUCUUCCUGAGGAGGAGGACCAAGCGGGGAUGGACCGGCAGAUUGGAAAUGAAAGACGUUCAUGAAUGGUUAUUGCUGUGGGCGAUGUUUCACCACCACCACGAGCCCGGGACAAGAAAUGAGCGUCGACUGAAAAGCAGAGGACCGUAGGACUGUGGAAUGGGGACUGUUGCAGCCUUAAUCCAUGUUUCUCCAUGACUUAGUUUUAAGCAACAGCCUGGCAGCAGCUCUGUGAAACUUGAAGAAAACCCUGACCACCGGCUGGGAGGAGCCCACGUCUGUCUCAGUGCGACUACGCUGCUGUUAGGAGGGGAGGUCUGAUUUAGCACAGAAUGACUGAAUUAAAUAGUUGUGAAAAUUGAUGCAAGCAUUUCAGACCGAUCCCUUUUGUAGGUCCAGCUCAACCAAAACACACACAACAGAGAAAAUAGUUCCUGAAACAAAUUCUGUGUAAUAGAAACAUUCCAGAUGAUGUUGCACAUUUGUUUAAAAACUGUGUGAACACGGUAGAAAGCCAUUCAGACUAUUUUGUAACAGCUGUUCCCAUAUGGAGAGAAAGUGAGGGAAUCAGUGUUUGGUUCGGUUCAGUUGUUUAGAGAGAAAAAAACAUUUUUAAGCAUUGAAUGUCACAGAAGACCAAUCGCUGUGUGUUUAUCUUUUUUGUAGUUUGUAUGAAAAAUUGUUGGUGUACUUUUUUGUGUUUGU